AUGUCAUAUUCAUAAUUUUAUUUUGAGUAACACGAAACAAAAUCAAAUUAAGAUUAAUACAUAGAUUAAUUCGAGAAAUGGGAAUCAGAUUAACAAUCAAUAAUUAGAAGAAAUUCACUUCCUUUAGUAUUAGAGGAUGGAGAAAGGAAUCUAAAAGAAAAAUAUAUUCUUUCUCGUAUUAAAGAACUAGGAUUAGAUUGUGAUAAAGCCAGCAAUAUAUUGAAAAAUAUGAGUUAUGAUAUAGUUAAGCAAAAUGAUGAAAAUAUGGUUCUACAUAGAGUUAUUUAAAUAAUUCUUUUGAUGGAUGUAAAGUAUCAAAUAUUUAUCAUAGACCUUUCCAAAGGCAACAUCUAAAAAAUAAUAAAGACAUUACUUUGAAUAAAUUACAUAAUUGAUAGGAAAGACAGGUGCCAAUUUUCUAAGUUGUUUAAACUUUAAAAAUUCAAAAGGAUAAUAAGAUUUCUUAUUAGAUCUUACUUGUACGAUUUGUUUAAAUGAUAUGAAGAACAAAAAUAUAAUCUUAGAUUGUCAUCAUUAAUUUUGUUUGUACAUCAUGAAAAUAAUUUUAGAGAUUGUUUAAACAACUAUAUUGUUGAUAAGAUUAGUAAUGGAUAAGUAGAAGAAAUUUGUUGUCCUUAAAUUCUAUGCAAAUUUUAAAUCACAGAUGAUAUUUUAUAAUCUAUAAUAGAUCAAGAUUAAAUGAAUAAAUUGAAAAGAUUUAGAAAAAUAAAAAUAUUUUAAAUCGAUUAGGAUAUUAUUUGGUGUCCAAGGCCUGGAUGUGAAGAAGUUAUAAAGAAAAGUAAAAAGAAAAAUAUCAAGUGUAUUUGUGGAUAAUUAAUUUGUAAGAAAUGCAAUAGAAAAUUACAUAGAGGUUAAUCCUGCAAAGAAUAAUUAGAUUCAGACUUUCUUGAAAAUGUGAAAAAAUUUUAAAUAACUAAAUGCAAAAAAUGUAGAUCACUUAUUUAAAAAAAUGAAGGAUGCAAUCAUAUAAUUUGUUAAUAAUGUCGUUAUGAAUUUUGUUGGCUUUGCAAAUCAAGAUUCACAAAAAAACACUAUAAAUACUAUAAUAUAUUUGGAUGUCCAGGUCUGAAAUUUUCCCAUAGAGACCCUUUUAAAUAUCCAAAUUUAUUAAGAUUUCUUAGAUUUAUAUUUAUUUUAAUAUUUGGAAUUCCAUUAUUUUUAAUUGGACUGAUAAUUGGAAUAAUUGCCUUAUCUUUUAGUUUGCCUGCAAUAAUUUAUAUGAAUUGUGUCCAUUUAUAUAAAUUUCAGAAUUAUCAUUUUUGUAAAAAGGCAGCCUACGUUUUAUUAUUAUUUAUUGCCUGCAUUUUGUUAUCACCAUUGAGUACAUUGAUUGUUUCAUUAUGUUUAGUCAUAGCAAUAAUUACAAGUAUUUGCUAUAGCUUUUUUAUAUUUUUGAAAUGGGUAAUUAAAAAAUGA